AUGGCGAGGAAGAAGAAAGCAAUACUGAAUAUUUCUACGACGAAAGUUGCAGCGAAGUCUCCCUCAGUAAGUUCUCACACUUCAGGCACCAGUACUACUCAAAAUGAUGCCCAAAAUGCAAACCCAGAUGCUCUGGUUUUUGACUCAGAUGGCGAGGAGCUGAUGCAUUCUCCUCUAGUCCACCCUUCGGCUAGUAUGAUUCCACGCAAACUUCAUGAUACUAUUUUGUUAUUGGAUCAGAAUUUGGGGGUUGGUCGUAAUAAUAAUGUGGGUGGAACUAACCCUCAGGGGAAUGGAGAAUCUGUUGAUAUUGGGGAUAUUGGGGGAAAUAACACUGAACCUGGGGUAGUUGAACCUCCGAUUGUUAAAGAACCAUGGAAAAAUCUGUUCACUGGAUCUAAAAUGGCUUCAAAAGGGGCGUCCCUAUCAUUUGUUACACCUGUGCUGCAGGAUGGGAAGAAAAUUGCUCAAUUGCAGGAGGAUGAAAUGAAUGAACUCACUGAGAAAUGGAAAUCAUCUAUGGUGAUGUAUGUGGUAGGGGAUUCCCCUACUAUAGCUUCUGUGAAAAGAUAUAUGGAAGGGAUGUGGAAUUCUGUUGCUCAGCCUCAGGUGUUUUACCAUGAUGAUGGUUACUUCAUCAUCAAGUUUGUGAACAUGAAGGACAGAAACCAGAUUAUUGCAGGAGGACCUUAUACAUUUUAUGGGAAACCAGUUAUCAUUAAACCCUGGACAACAAACUUUAAUUUCUAUGAAGAAGUACUUAGGGUUAUACCUCUGUGGGUGAGAUUUCCUAAUCUGCCACUCAAUUGUUGGGGGUGUGAUUCACUAAGCAGGAUUGGUAGUCUGUUAGGGGUGCCACUCUUUGCUGAUGAAUGCACUACUAGGCAAGAUAGAGUAUCCUUUGCUCGAGUGUUGAUAGAAAUGGAUAUCACUAGCCCAUUGCCUGAUUGUGUCUGGAUAGAGGAUUCAAAGGGUGGGAUGUUCAAGCAAGCUGUUACUUAUGACUGGUUGCCACAAUAUUGUAAAGUUUGUUGUACUGCAGGCCAUGAUUGUACUAAAAAGACUAAACCACCAGUACCAAAACCUGUAGCCAAAAAGGUGUGGGUUCCUAAAGCUGUCCAACAAGCUCAUCCAAUGUCAGAACAACAGGAGCAACCUAAUGCUGUGCACACUCCUGAGAUGCCUGUUAACAAUGUAUCUGAUCCUACUCCAUGGAAAAUUGUGACAAGACGGACUAAGGGAUUGUCUAGAAUGAGGACUUUGAGCCCUAGCAAUCCAUUUACUGUGUUGCCUGCAGAAUUGGGUUUCAAAGAAUUAACAGGAGGUGAUAUGGAGAUGCAAAAUACUACUGAACCCCCUGAUGAAGAAGAAACUAGAGUUAAGGAAAGCAAUUUCUCUAGAGUAGUCAAUAAGUUUGGGAGAAAUUGGAAAUGGGAAAAUAAUUACACUGCAAACCCCAGAGGUAGAAUUUGGGUAGGCUGGCUUUAUCAAGAAGUUGAUAUCCAUGUGUUACAGGUGCAUGAACAAUUUAUUCACUGUGAAAUUAGGGAUAGGUAUGGAGUGGUGGAAUUGUAUGUUACUCUGGUGUAUGGUCUUCACUCCAUUGACACUAGGAAGAAUUUGUGGAACUCUCUUACUACUCUUGCCUCAAGUGUAGGUAGCUGUCCUUGGGUCAUUACUGGUGAUUUUAAUUCUCCCCUGUUUGCUGAUGAUAGAAUCAAUGGUACUCCUGUUUCAGCAACAGAAACCAAGGAUUUUGAUGAGUUUAUUACAAGUAAUGGGCUGUGUCCUGUAAAGAGUGUAGGACAUUAUUUCUCUUGGCACAAAGGCACUGGUGAAGGUAAAAUUGCUAGCAGGAUUGAUUGGUGUUUGGGAAAUGAUGAAUGGAUUCAUAAAUUCAGUAAUGUUCAGGUUGAAUACCUAAACCCUUCCAUCUCUGACCACUCCCCUUUAUUGAUAAACUGUCUGCCAGACAAGGUGGAGGGAGGUAGACCUUUCAGAUUUCUCAAUUAUUUGGCUGAUCAUAGUAGUUUUUCUGCUAUUAUUCAGGCAGCUUUUACUGAAGUAUACCAUGGCACUCCUAUGUUUAAGCUCUGGUGUAAGCUGAAAAAAGUCAAGGCUGAACUCAAGAAGUUACAUAGAGAAGACUUCUCUGGUAUUACUGAGAAGAUUACCAUUGCUAGAAGUGAGCUUGAUAAGGUUCAACAGAGUUUGCAAUCUGGUAGAUCUCCUGCUCUUCUCAACCAAGAGGUGGUUUGCAUCAAACAGCUUAGGCAUUGGCUGAGAAUUGAUGAGAUAGCAUUGAGACAAAAAUCUAGGAUCCAAUGGCUAAAACUAGGUGAUUCUAACAACCACUUUUUCUUUUCCACUGUGAAAGAAAGAGUUAGAUUCAAUAGCAUUGCCAUCCUAUAUGAUGAUAAUGGCACUAAAUUGGUUGAUCCUGAUCUAAUUCAAACAGAAAUUCUGAGUUUCUACAAAAAGCUGCUUGGCACUUCUGCAAACACUCUUCCCUCUAUUCACAUUCCAACAGUGAGAAAUGGCUCUAGGCUAAAUAAUGAUGCUAGACAGGAUCUGUGCAGGGAUGUUACUGAUGAUGAGAUUGAUUUGGCAUUACAUGGGAUUGGCAAUGAUAAGGCUCCUGGUCCAGAUGGUUUAAAUGCAGUCUUUUUCAAAAAGGCUUGGCCUGUCAUCAAACAGGAUAUUUAUAGAGCAGUGAAGGAUGUGUUUGUUACCAAUUUCAUGCUUCCCCAGUACAACUAUACAUCUAUUACUCUCAUUCCAAAAGUUCCUAAUCCUACAAGAGUUAAAGAGUACAGACCAAUUGCAUGCUGUAAUGUGGUUGUUAGUGAAUGUCAAUCUGGGUUUAUUCCUGAGAGGCAAAUUUCUGACAAUAUUCUGCUUGCUACUGAGCUCAUUAAGGGCUACACUAGAGCCCAUCUUUCACCCAGAUGUAUGCUCAAGAUUGACUUAAAGAAAGCCUAUGAUUCAAUUGAAUGGCCUUUCUUGAUCAGUGUUAUGGAUGCUCUUGGCUUCCCUCAUAGAUUUGUACAAUGGGUGUACACAUGCAUUUCCACUGUAUCUUACAGUGUGCUCAUUAAUGGGAAACCUUGUACACCUUUCAAAGCUAAAAAAGGGCUAAGACAGGGAGAUCCCUUGUCUCCUUUUUUAUUUGCUAUUGGCAUGGAAUACUUGUCUAGACAUCUCCAUCAGUUGCAGACCAAGCCUGAUUUUAACUUUCACCCAAGAUGUGCUAAACUGGCUCUUACUCAUCUAAUGUUUGCUGAUGAUUUGCUUCUAUUCUGUAGGGCAGAUCUAAUCUCUAUUGACAUGAUGUUGGCUUCUUUUAAGAAGUUUUCUCUAGCUUCUGGUUUGGAGGCUAAUAUGGAUAAAAGUAACAUUUAUGUUGGGGGUGUUUAUGGUCAAGAUAAAGCUGAUAUUCUCAAUGCAGUUUCUACUCCUGAAGGUUCCUUUCCCUUCAGAUAUUUGGGAGUUCCCCUCUCAACUAAGAAGCUGAAGUAUACUCAAUGUAGACCCUUAAUUGAGAAGGUGUUGGCUAGAGCUAAAGUGUGGACUGUCAAGCAUCUAUCUUAUGCAGGUAGGCUCCAGCUGGUUCAAACAAUAUUGCUGAGUUUACAAUCCUUUUGGUGUCAGAUUUUCAUCUUGCCAAAGAAAGUGAUCAAAGAAAUUCAAGGGUAUUGCAGGGUGUUCCUGUGGACAGGCAACACUGACCCUUCAAAAAAAGCUCUGGUUGCUUGGCACAAGCUUUGCUUGCCCAAAGUUGCUGGUGGUUUGAAUCUGAAAGAUAUGUGCUGGUGGAACAAAGCACCUGUUGCUAAACUCCUCUGGGCUAUAACUUAUAAGAAGGAUAGACUUUGGUGUAAAUGGGUUCAUGCUUACUACAUAAAGGGGAGGGAUGUUGGGAGCACUCAAUGGCCUGUUAACAUGUCUUGGCCUUUGAGGAAAAUUCUGAACUCUCAGAGUUUAAUAGAUAGCAUUGGAGGGUGGAGUGCAGUGAGUAAGGGAGGUGUCUUUUCCAUCCAAAUCAUGUAUCAUCUGCUGAUGGGGCCAUGUGAUAAAGUCAGCUGGAGGAGAAUCAUUUUCCAUAAUAAAGCUUCCCCAAAAAGUUUGUUUGUCUCUUGGCUUGCUGUUUUGGGAAGAUUGCCUACACUGGAUAGACUUCUCAAGUGGAAAAUUGUGGACUCUAAUGUGUGUCCUUUAUGUUCUUGUAUGCCAGAGUCUACUCAACAUCUGUUUUUUGAGUGUAGCUACUCUGCUGCUAUCUGGUCUUCAGUUCUUGCUUGUUUACAGUUUCACAGACCUGUUUUUCAGCUUGAUAAUGAAGUGGUGUUGAUGACAAGAGCUGCCAAAAGAACUGGUGACAGAUUCAAGUUGCUUCUGAUGUUCUUUGCUGAAUGUCUUUAUGGAAUAUGGCUGCAAAGAAAUGCAAAAGUCUACACUCAUUCCUGCAGAAGUCCCCUUGAUCUUCUUAGAGAUAUCAAAUAUCGAGUGGCCUGUAGAGCCACUGAUCAGCAAAGAAACUUGCUCUUGAUGUAA